AUGGACGUGGACAUGGACGUGGACGUGGACGUGGACGUGGACGUGGUCAUGGACGUGGACGUGGACGUGGACGUGGACGUGGACAUGGACAUGGACGUGGACGUGGACGUGGACGUGGACAUGGACGUGGACGUGGACGUGGACGUGGACAUGGACGUGGACGUGGACGUGGACGUGGACAUGGACGUGGACGUGGAUGUGGACGUGGACAUGGACGUGGACGUGGACGUGGACGUGGACGUGGACGUGGACAUGGACGUGGACAUGGACGUGGACGUGGACGUGGACGUGGACGUGGACGUGGACAUGGACGUGGACGUGGACGUGGACAUGGACGUGGACGUGGACAUGGACAUGGACGUGGACGUGGACGUGGACGUGGACAUGGACGUGGACAUGGACGUGGACGUGGACGUGGACAUGGACGUGGACAAGGACGUGGACAUGGACGUGGACGUGGACGUGGACGUGGACAUGGACGUGAACAUGGACGUGGACGUGGACGUGGACGUGGACGUGGACAUGGACGUGGACGUGGAGGUGGACAUGGACGUGGACAUGGACGUGGACGUGGACAUGGACGUGGACGUGGACGUGGACGUGGACAUGGACGUGGACGUGGACGUGGACAUGGACGUGGACGUGGACGUGGACGUGGACGUGGACGUGGACAUGGACGUGGACGUGGACGUGGACGUGGACGUGGACGUGGACGUGGACGUGGACUUGGACGUGGACGUGGACGUGGACGUGGACAUGGACGUGGACGUGGACAUGGACAUGGACGUGGACGUGGACGUGGACAUGGACGUGGACGUGGACGUGGACGUGGACAUGGACGUGGACUUGGACGUGGACAUGGACGUGGACGUGGACGUGGACGUGGACGUGGACGUGGACAUGGACGUGGACGUGGACGUGGACAUGGACGUGGACGUGGACAUGGACAUGGACAUGGACGUGGACGUGGACGUGGACAUGGACGUGGACAUGGACGUGGACGUGGACGUGGACGUGGACGUGGACAUGGACGUGGACGUGGACGUGGACGUGGACGUGGACGUGGACGUGGACGUGGACAUGGACGUGGACGUGGACAUGGACAUGGACAUGGACGUGGACGUGGACGUGGACAUGGACGUGGACGUGGACGUGGACGUGGACGUGGACGUGGACGUGGACGUGGACGUGGACGUGGACGUGGACGUGGACGUGGACAUAGACGUGGACAUGGACGUGGACGUGGACAUGGACGUGGACGUGGACAUGGACGUGGACGUGGACGUGGACAUGGACGUGGACGUGGACGUGGACGUGGACAUGGACGUGGACUUGGACGACGUGGACGUGGACAUGGACGUGGACGUGGACGUGGACAUGGACGUGGACGUGGACAUGGACGUGGACGUGGACGUGGACGUGGACAUGGACGUGGACGUGGACGUGGACGUGGACAUGGACGUGGACGUGGACGUGGACGUGGACAUGGACGUGGACGUGGACGUGGACGUGGACGUGGACGUGGACAUGGACGUGGACGUGGACGUGGACGUGGACAUGGACUUGACAAGGACGUGGCAUGGACAUGGACGUGGACGUGGACGUGGACAUGGACGUGGACAUGGACUGGUCGUGGACGUGGACGUGGACGUGGACGUGGACAUGGACGUGGACGUGGACGUGGACAUGGACGUGGACGUGGACGUGGACGUGGACAUGGACGUGGACGUGGACAUGGACAUGGACAUGGACGUGGACGUGGACGUGGACAUGGACGUGGACGUGGACAUGGACGUGGGCAUGGACGUGGACGUGGACGUGGACAUGGUCGUGGACGUGGACGUGGACGUGGACAUGGACGUGGACGUGGACGUGGACAUGGACGUGGACGUGGACGUGGACGUGGACGUGGACGUGGACGUGGACAUGGUGUGGACGUGGACACGUGACGUGGACGUGGACGUGGACGUGGACGUGGACGUGGACGUGGACGUGGACGUGGACGUGGACGUGGACAUUGACGUGGACUUGGACGUGGACAUUGACGUGGACGUGGAGGUGGACAUGGACGUGGACAUGGACGUGGACGUGGACGUGGACAUGGACAUGGAUGGUGACAUGGACGUGGACAUGGACAUGGACGUGGACGUGGACGUGGACAUGGUCGUGGACAUGGACGUGGACAUGGACGUGGACGUGGACGUGGACAUGGACGUGGACAAGGACGUGGACAUGGACAUGGACGUGGACGUGGACGUGGACAUGGACGUGGACAUGGUCGUAAACGUGGACGUGGACGUGGACAUGGACGUGGACGUGGAGGUGGACAUGGACGUGGACGUGGACGUGGACGUGGACGUGGACGUGGACGUGGACGUGGACGUGGACAUGGACGUGGACUUGGACGUGGACAUGGACGUGGACGUGGACGUGGACGUGGACGUGGACAUGGACGUGGACAUGGAUGUGGACGUGGACGUGGACAUGGACGUGGACGUGGAGGUGGACGUGGACGUGGAGGUGGACAUGGACGUGGACGUGGACGUGACGUGGACGUAG